UGGCGCCAUCUGCAGGCGGAGCUUCUCAACAAACUAAAGCCUCCAAAGGUUCUUUCAAACGGCACACGACAUCCAGAGCCACCAGAGUAAAUGCAUAAACAAUGGAGCUGCUCUGUGGUCAAACAAGCUUCUGCUUUCAUCCGGUUUUACAUGAGAUUAAAGAGCACUAAGGCAAGACCUACGGCUCCUUUGGGUUCACGAAUUCUGACAAACCCCGAUGACAUCUUUAAACACAACAUGUGGGACCAUGUGCAGUGGACAAAGGAGGACCAAGAAGCUGCUCGGCAGAAGGCAGAAGAAAAUUCAAGUAUACGACUUCCAUUAACAGAGCAAGGUAAAUUUAGCACAGACGCUUGCCAGUACUGGGACCAGUUUUACGAGGCGCACCAGGAUAAAUUCUUCAAAGAUCGCAGGUGGCUGUUUUUAGAGUUCCCAGAAUUACUUCCUUCAUCUGCAGAAGAAAAGAGGACAAACGCAUGCCGCAGUCAUCAGGUAGCAGCAGAGCCAGCUAGCAGUAGCUCCCGCACUAAUGGGGAAACGGGACACUGUCAGCACAAUGAUCCCAUUCAGCGCCGCCAAAAACAGAUACCUUUUUAUUUGCAGGAAGCAGCAGCAGAACCAAAUAAAACCAUCAGACAAAUCUCUCCUUUUCCUGGACAGCAUGCGUCUUUCAGGAUUUUGGAGGUUGGAUGUGGAGUUGGUAACAGUGUAUUUCCCAUUGUUAAUACCAUAAAGAACACAGACUCCUUUUUAUACUGCUGUGACUUCUCCCCUCGUGCCAUUCAGCUGGUUAAGGACCAUCCGGACUACGAUGAUUCUGUGUGUCGUGCCUUUGUCCACGACAUUUGUGAGGAGGUGGGCUCUUUUCCUUUCCCUCCUCAGAGCCUGGAUGUCAUCCUAGCAGUCUUUGUGCUCUCCUCCAUCCAUCCUCAGCGAGUGCAGAGAGUUGUGAACCAACUUUCAACAUAUUUGAAGCAUGGAGGAGUUUUCCUCUUCCGUGAUUAUGGGAGAUAUGACCUUUCACAGCUAAGGUUUAAGAAGGGUCGAUGCUUAUCAGACAAUUUCUACACACGUGGAGAUGGAACCUGCGUUUACUUUUUUACUAAAGAAGAGGUCCAUGAUUUAUUUUCCAAAGCUGGACUUGAAGAAAUUCAGAAUCUUGAAGACAAACGACUACAAGUGAACCGUGGAAAGAAAGUCUCAAUGCGUCGGGUGUGGAUGCAGAGCAAGUACAGGAAACCACCUGUACCAUUGCCGUCCUAGAASCCCCAAUAGCACAGCUGUGCAUUUGUGUGUUUUUUAUAUGGGUUUUGUACUAUUUAAAUCUCUAUUCGGUUAUAAAAUGUUUUAAUUUUUUAAUGUAAAUUUUCAGCUGCAGCAAAAUAAGUAAAAUAAACAAAUUAAACAUA